CAGUAAUUGGACUUGGGCUUUUCUGUGCAUUAAGUACAAUCGGUGUUGUUGACUUGUGCGUUCCGUCUUUCCUUAACAAAAAGGUGAUCUUCGUUCCUGAGAAAAUCUAGGGUUUCUGAAAUCGAGGAGAGAUCAAUCUAAUCAAACAAUGGCAAAUCAAGUGAUCUCCGGAAUCAAGGAAACAGCUCAAUCGAUCACCGGUGCGGCUCGUCCAUGGGGAGAUUUCCUCGAUCUAUCCGCCUUCAGCUUCCCUUCAUCCAUCGCCGAUGCGACAACUCGCCUGACUCAAAACCUUACUCACUUCCGCAUCAACUACAGUAUCAUUCUCUCUAUCCUCCUAGCUCUAACCUUAAUCACACGUCCCAUCGCCAUCCUCGCAUUCGUCGCCGUGGGCUUAGCUUGGUUCUUCCUCUAUUUCGCUCGCGAGGAGCCUCUGUCGAUCUUCGGACUCACUGUUGACGACGGCAUCGUGGUGGUGCUUCUCAUUGGUCUUACGAUCGGGUCGUUGGUCACCACAGGAGUGUGGCUGAGAGCUCUCACCACCGUUGGAUUCGGUGUUGUGGUGUUGAUCCUGCACGCAGCGCUAAGAGGAACGGAUGAUCUUGUGAGUGACGAUCUGGAAUCACCAUAUGGACCCAUGCUCUCAACCGCCGGCGGUGGUAAUGACGGCGCUCGUGGUGAUUACAGUGGAAUCUGAUCGACACACAUUGCUUCUGAUUGAUAACGAAUUUGGGGAUUUAGGGUUUUGCUGUUUGUAAAUUGUCAUUGUUUCUUUUUUUUUGGUGUUAAUGAAAAAUGUUCAUGACAAAUUAAAAUCGGGUCUAGAAAAAGAAUCAAUGCUGUCUAAUUAGCCUAUGUUGUAACAUUAAGGCUACAAUCCUUUUGCAGUUGCUCGAAUAGCGCCAAUGCACUUUUUGGGUUCCAUUA